AUGACUGGAGGCAAAUCCGGAGGCAAAGCCAGCGGCAGCAAGAACGCGCAGUCGCGCUCUUCGAAGGCUGGACUUGCCUUCCCCGUCGGUCGUGUUCACCGUCUGCUGCGCAAGGGUAACUACGCUCAACGUGUUGGUGCUGGUGCUCCGGUCUACUUGGCCGCUGUUCUCGAGUAUCUCGCUGCUGAAAUCCUGGAGUUGGCUGGCAACGCUGCCCGUGACAACAAGAAGACUCGUAUCAUUCCUCGCCAUCUCCAGCUUGCCAUUCGCAAUGAUGAGGAAUUGAACAAGCUGCUUGGCCACGUUACAAUUGCGCAGGGUGGUGUUCUGCCCAACAUUCACCAAAACCUUCUACCCAAGAAGACUCCGAAGAGUGGAAAGGGUCCUAGCCAGGAGCUUUAA